UAAAAGUGAAAGUCGGCCAUGAAAAGUAGCACUGGACUGUGAAAAGUUUCUGUACUUCAUCAGAAUUCAGGUCUUUUUAAUUUCCACCCAAGAAGACUCAAACAGUCAAACUAGUUUCUUUUCGUCAUCCAUCCAUGGCUCUCGUCAGAGCUCAAUUAGAAGCUGCUUCCCCUUCCACUUCCGCUUCUCCCUCUCAGUUCAGCUACGACGUGUUCUUGAGUUUCAGAGGUGAAGACACCCGUAAGAACUUCACUGAUCACCUCUACACCGCCUUGACCGGAGCAGGACUUCGCACUUUCCGAGACGACGAUGAACUUCCCAGAGGAGAAGACAUCAAACCAGAGCUGGAGAGAGCCAUCCAACUCUCGCGAAGCUCCGUUAUCGUGUUUUCUAAAGACUACGCCUCUUCCAAAUGGUGCCUCGACGAGCUUUGCAUGAUCCUUCAGCACAGAACGGCCUCCGAUCACAUCGUUUUGCCGGUCUUCUACGACGUUGAUCCAUCUCACAUCAGAAAGCAGACGGGGAGCUUUGCGAUCGCGUUUGCCAGACACGAGAAGAAGAGUUCUUUAGAAAAGUUGAAUGCAUGGAGGACAGCACUUGCGCAAGUUGCAGAUCUUCCAGGAAUGGUGCUGAAAAAUGAAGCUGACGGGCACGAGUCAAAGUUCAUUAAGAAAAUUGUGAAAGUGAUUGAGGAGAAGUUAUGUCGCCCACGAUUGAGUGUUGCCUCUCAUCUGAUGGGAAUUCAUGAUCGAGUCGAAAAUAUUAAUUCAUGGUUACAAGAUGGAUCAUCUGGUGUUGGGGUAUAUUUAAUUUAUGGCAUUGGGGGUAUAGGAAAGACAACCAUUGCACAAGUUGUUUAUAAUCUAAAUUUUAGAAGAUUUGAAGGAAGCAGUUUCCUUGAAAAUAUCAGAGAAACUUCACAAGGAACCACUGGCUUAAUUCAACUCCAGAGACAACUUCUUUCUGAUAUUUUGGGUGGCAGAAAAGUGAAAAUACAGGGUGUUAGUCAGGGAAUAAGUAAGAUUAGAUAUGCCAUAAACUCUAAAAAAGUUCUUAUUGUACUCGAUGAUGUGGAUCAUAUGAGCCAAUUCAAUGCAAUACUAAGGAUGCGAGAUUCGUUUCAUCCGGGAAGUAAAAUUAUUGUAACAACUAGGGAUGUGGGGAUUAUAGAGGCUUGUCAAGCUGAUAAGUUGCAUAAUGUUAGACCUUUAAAUAGGGUUGAAUCAUUGGAGUUGUUUAGCAGGCAUGCUUUUGGACAGGACCAUCCCAUUGAAGGUUACAGGGAACUUUCACAAUCAGUAGUACGCCACAGCGGUGGACUUCCAUUAGCUCUUCAAACCUUGGGUUCCUCUCUCUGUGGGAAAAGUAUAGAUGUAUGGGAAAGUGCAUUAAAGAAAUUGAGAGCUAUUCCAAAUAAUGAAAUCCUACAUCAGCUGAGAAUAAGCUAUGACUCUUUACAAGAUGACCAUGACAAAGAUUUAUUCCUCCAUAUUGCAUGUUUCUUUAUUGGAAAGGGCAAGGAUGUCAUCGUCAAGAUACUAGAUGAAUGGAAGUUCUACACAAUUGUUGGCAUUCAAAAUCUCAUUGAUAGGUUCUUGGUAACCUUAGACAAGUAUAAUGUAGUCAAGAUGCAUCAAAUGAUUCGUGACAUGGGAAGAGGAAUUGUUCGCCAAGAAUCAAAGUAUCCAGAGAAACGUAGUAGAUUAUGGCAUCAUAAGGAUUCAUUCAAUAUACUGAAAGAAAAGAGUGGUUCAAAGAAAAUUCAAGGUUUAGCUCUUGACAUGCAAAUGUACCUGGCGGACAUCCCCUCGAGCAAUUCAAACAAGGUAACUCUGGAAACCAAUGCAUUUACAGGGAUGCUCAGACUAAGAUUACUCCAGCUUAGUCACGUACAACUUAAUGGAUGUUAUGAAGAAUUUCCUGAUGGAUUGAGAUGGUUGUGUUGGGUUAAAUUUCCUUUGGAGUCUAUGCCCAUUGAUUUUCCUUUGGAGAGCCUGGUUGUUCUUGAAUUGCAGUAUAGCAGCUUGAAGCGAUUUUGGAAGGGAACAAAAAUUCUUCCAUCAUUGAAAAUCCUUGAUCUGAGCCAUUCUAGUGGCCUUUCUGAAACUGCUGAUUUCUCAAAUUUCCACAAUUUAGAGAAAUUGAUCCUUGUAGAUUGUGCUUGCCUUGUUGAUGUCCAUGAAUCCAUAUGCACACUUCAGAAACUUGUUUACUUGAAUAUUAGAGAUUGCAAAAAUAUCAGGAAGCUCCCAAAGAACCUUUCUAGGCUAAAAUUACUUGAAACACUUGUCAUAUCUGGUUGCUCAAGUCUUAACGAGUUUCCAGUGGACAUGAGGAAUAUGGAAUCUCUGAAAAAGCUUGAAGCAGAUGAAAUUCCUUUUAAUCAAGUACUAGCUACUACAGGGGAGGUCAAAUCAUUGGCCAUACAUAAGACUAUACAUAAUUUUUGGGAUUCUGUCCCCUGCACUUUAGUUAAUUUGAGUCUUGCAGACUGCAAUCUUUUUGAAGAUGCAUUUCCUAGGGAUUUAAGUAACUUAUCCUCAUUGCGAAGAUUGGAUCUUAGCGAUAAUCCAAUUUGUAGCUUACCAGAUUGUGUCCGAGAUCUUAGAGGCCUCGAUCAUCUUGUAUUUUGGGGUUGUUUAAGUCUCAAAUCGCUUGUAGCGCUACCAGGAGUGAGAGAAUUGGAUACUGCCUAUUGUGAAUCAUUGGAAAAAAUAACAUUUCAGUCACUUUCUUGUGUUCCAAAGAACAUAGAUCUUUAUGGUGAUGAAUUAAAAAUAGUUGAGAUUGAAUAUUGGUACAAGAUGGAAGCAAUUGGAAAAGUGGAUGAAGAAAUGAUCCACCUGUUGGGUUUGUGCAACUUGGAGUCCAUGGGAGCCAUUAGGAUGUUUGUGUUCCAUAUAUACGAUCUGGAUGAGAGGACAUUUGUUCUUCCCGUGCAGGGAGUGCAUGAAUAUGGUAUAUUCAGCACAUAUAUUCCUGGAAACGAAACCGAGGUACCAGGAACAUUCAGCUAUAAAAUUAAGGGGUCAUCCUCACUAUCUUUUACUGUGGUUUUAGUUCCUAAUCUCAGGUUCCGAGGCUUCAAUAUCUUCUGUGUUUAUUGUGGAGGGAGGGCCCAGUCGUUUGGCACUUAUGGCAAUAUCCCACCAGUAAUUAUUCAAGUAUGUAAUAAUAGCAAGGGUCUGAAGUGGAUCUAUGGACCGACAUGCUACGGCAUUCCAAGUGACAAAAAAGAUGUGAUAUGGUUGAGCCAUUGGAAGUUUGGGGUUCAACAAUUGGAAGGGGGCGAUGAAGUGGCUAUUUCAGUGUUUACAACACGUAGGGCUGAGGUAAAAGAAUGGGGAAUUCAGAUUGUGCAUGAGGAAGAAGAUAGCAUGAGUAGCCAACACAACACCAGUAGAGAUCCUUGUUAUGAUUCAGAACACGAUAAUGAGGUGAUUGGUAAUAUUGGUGGAGAAUUGUCAGAUUUAUAUGAGGUCAUGCCAGGAAUAUACUUUCUCUACGGUGGACCUUUUUUGAUGGAUCACAGAGAUACUUAUAGUCAUUGGAAAACGCAAGGUUAUUACAAUGACUUCACUGAGGACUCUGAUAAAGAAUCUGCAGAAGAAGGGAAGCUGCAGGGGGAUGGGAUGCUUGCGUCAACAGAAGAAGCUGAAGCAGAAACAGGCAUCAAUACCUUCUGCGGUUGUAAGAUUCUUGUUAUUCAAAUGUUGAUGUCAUUGGUGGAGAUUUGUCAGAAUAUAGGGUGAUGCUGAGAAGAAUACUUCCUCUGCAUUCAAUGACAUCAUUUGAGUUUCUGCUGAGGGGCAGCUAUAACUUUUUGUCGAAGAGUCUGCAAGGUUUUAUUUGUCUAGUCACUUGCAUUAUGGCCACUGUGUUCUUGUGAUCUUGUUCUCUAGUCUCUCCCCCUUCUCUCAGAUGCCUUAAAGGCCUGCAUGAAUUUUUUCUUAUUAGAGAAAUUGCCACUCAACACAGUCAACAUGGAACACAAGGCCAAAUGGGCAGAUAAUAUGCUUUAUAUGGAUAUUGUUUGUACCUGCUUGUAAUCGCAUGCAUUACUCAACUCUUCACAUCUACUUAGUUACUUGAGAAACCGGUUAAUUUGCUUCUCCCCUGUUGAAAAUUUACUCUUUCUAUUUUUUAAAUGCAGAUAUGUUGAAUCACUGACAGCAGGGUCUCCUACCAAGUUUGAACAUUAUCCUGGGACAAGUGCUACACUGCAAAACCAGUAAUAUUGGAGCCUGUUAUGAUGGUGGAGUUGAAACUACCUGCAUAAUUUCAGGGUGCUGUUGCUGGGGAUAUUAACAAGAGGGAGAUGAAUCUGUCAUUACCGCCUCUCUCUUUCCUUCAUGUAAUUGCAUGGGCUUCAGACAAUGUUCCUUCCGUAGUGCCUUGGACAGAAAACUGCUACUCAAACCUCUAUUGGUAUGCUCAUGAAAACGGGGUGAAUGUCAGUCACUUUCCUUGAGCCAUGAGCCCAUGAAACCGUAGAUCUUUGUGGGAAGAAAGAUUUCAUCAUUUUCAAGGAGAUCAAAAGAUGCAUGUAGAGACUAUUUGUCACUAUAGUUGCUGUCUAGUUGGGUGUACUACCUGCAAUCUACCAAGUCCAUGAUCUCUGUAAUGCUGAUUAUUGAAAUGUAAACAAUAGCAAAUGAAAUGCAAGACGAUUCUUGUAACAGAAAUAAAAGGCAACUCAAAACUGUCACUUUUUUCA